AUGUUGUGGGUGCAAGUAUUCACAAAGGUGAUGGAUGAGCUUGAAGUCAUCCACUUGAGAAGUGAGUGCGCCUACAGGGAAUAUGAAUUUCAGUUAAUGUCACCUAACCACCAGAGUGGUGAGGUGGCUGUCUACAAGGUGAGAGAACGGCGAGAGCCAAAUGUGGACGCAUAUGGUGAGGGCACUGAAAUUGGCGGUGUGCAACUCCAUUGUUCAGUGCCAUCUGACUCUCUCUCCCUCUCCUCUUCGAGUGAGAUGCUAAAAGUGGUGCCUCUCUUCGUCUUCCUCCUUCACCUCUCCCUCUGUGGCGAGUGUUUCUGCCUCACUCGCGUGAAAGAUAUGGCCAAAGUUAGGGCUGAACAGAUGAAAGAAAUGCUCCUCCUCAAUGCCAAACAUAUCAUAAUUAGGAGGGAAGUAAUAAUAAAAGGGCAAAAAAGAGAGCUUUUGCAGUAUAAUGGACCCAGGUGA